GGUUUGACAGCCAACGGCAGAAAGAUGGCAAAUGCAGUCAACAGGUUUGAGUGAAAGCUUCUUUCUUCCAAACAGCAGACGCAACGACAUUUGACAAGAAACCUUAACAGUGUUUUCUAGAAAUGAAAUACCAAAUAAACCUACACUUGUGGAUAUUUCCAGCAGUAUUUGGACUGUUAUUCAAAUCAGUCUGAAUCUCUCCUGCACGGUAAAACCCAUCUUUUACAGUCCUUCUCUCUCUCUUUCCCUCUCAUUGUAGGUGUGGGACUCUUGGCACUGUUUCUGCUGAAUCAUGUGGAUAUUGAACAAUGACUGGCUGGACAAAACUGACAACUAAUGAAAUAACUUUGUGGGAGUGUGACACCCCGGGGUGGGGGGAGGCUACACGGUGACCCCUCAUUUCAGUGUGCUGGGCCUAUGGCAGGCCGAUCUGCAGGCCAGCUUGGACACUGUGGGUACUGUUGGCAGAGUUUCCACCCCUGGGCUUCCCGUAUAUAUUGAGCUCAUCGUGCCAUCACAAACACACUGGCACAGACAGGUACUGGUAAGAGGUUCAUGUCCGCCAUGCUGUGUUUUAUAACAUUUACAUUUAAAAUUUGUAUCAGUGUUCGUUUUCCUUUUGCCUCUAUGUUUUAGGUUUAAUCUCUACAAACUGUGUCAAACUGCACUUCUGUGUUCAGAAGGCUGUGGACUACAGAAACAUGUUCUGGAGGGAGAGGGAUGGGCACCUUUGUAUACAUGCAUAUGAGAAAAUAAUAGAAAACAAAAUCUAUGAAAGUGGGAUUUAACAGCAGUUUGACCUGCUGGUAUUUUAAAUAUAAUGAUACAAGUUUGUUUUAAAUCCAGCAGACAGCCGUAGAUAGUUAAUGAAAAAACAAUGAAAUUAUAAUUUUGUCUGUUUCUUUUCAGUUUCAUCCUUGUUGAUCCAUUCACUAUGGCCACAGACCACCAGAACCCUGCAUCCAAGCAGCAGCAGCCAGGCACCAGUGCGUUUAAGCUGGUUAUCUAUGAGCAGGAAAACUUCCAGGGACGCUGCCAUGAGCUGACUGGUCCCUGUAACAACCUCCAGGAAGCAGGCGUGGAGAAAGUGGGCUCCAUACUGGUGCUGUGUGGACCAUGGGUGGGAUACGAGCAGGCCAGCUGUAAGGGGGAGCAGUAUGUGUUUGAGAAGGGGGAGUAUCCUCGCUGGGAUUCCUGGACCAACAGCAGGCGCAGUGACACCAUUGUUGCAUUCCGCCCAAUUAAAGUGGACAGCCAGGAGCACAAGAUUGUCCUUUACGAAAACCCCAGCUUCGCAGGGAAGAAGAUAGAAAUCAUAGAUGACGAUGUCCCCAGCUUUCAUGCGCACGGCUACCAGGAGAAGGUCUCCUCUGUCCGGGUUCAGAGUGGCACUUGGGUGGGCUAUCAGUAUCCAGGCUACAGAGGCUAUCAGUACCUGUUUGAAAAGGGGGAGUACAAGGACAGCAGUGAGUUCGGAGCCCAGAUUCCUCAGAUCCAGUCGGUUCGGCGCAUCAGAGACAUGCAGUGGCACCAGAGGGGUGCUUUUCACCCCGUCAACUAAGCUUGUGACUCUUCCCUGUCAUGAACCCUGACCUCAGCAGCCUUGCUCCCUUCCAGCACCCUUUGUCCUCCAUUUGCACCACACAGCAUUUUGAUAUCUAUUUCAGCUGUUGCAGUAGUGACAUUCUUUGAAGCAAACUAAUAAAUCCUUAUUGCUUACA